AUGUCGAAGAGCGAUGUGAACUCCGAUGCUCAUCAUGCCGAGGCUUUAUAUAACAAGGCAACAAAGGAGGAACUCGCCAGAAACUAUGAUCAAGCAUUCGGACUGUAUAUCAAGGCGACAGAAGUAUUUCUUCAUUUGAGCCGUUCUGCGACUCAACAAGAGAGAGAGAAAGCAAAAUGGAAAGCAAACGCGCAGAGGGCAUUGGAACGCGCUGAGAAAAUCAAAGGGUUCAUCGAGAAAUCAAAGGGUGGAAGCUCGCACAAUGCUAAUAAUGGUCGUGUGCCGCAACCAGAGCUUAGAUUAACGCCUGUCGGGAUUAACCAUUUUUCUCCUCAGGAACAAUUUUAUGUUCUGAAGAAGGGAGGAUCUAUCAAUGGUCUCGUCUAUUCACUUUGGGACGACCCAAUUCAUCACGCCGCACCAACGACGACUGUGUAUACCGAUCCUGAUGGCCAACCAAAGUUAUCACCAGAACAGCAGAAAGUUUCUCCUGUCUGGCGCCGUCCAACCCUAUCAACAGGAUCGACAUCUGGUAGUUUGUUAGCAGCAUCAGUCUUCCGCAAGAUCCUCCCUCAAGAUAUUUUACAGCACAUUGUGACAGACUGUUCCGUGUGUGCCUCAAUAUCCGUUUGCCUCGAACAUGCGCGCCGAUUCGGCUCUAAUAUCGCUGAAUCCGCUUUAUGCAAAGCCAGAACUAUCGACGGCCGUUACGAUGUUAGGAUUCUGUUUAACGGAGAUUGGAGACGUGUUGUGAUCGACGAUAAGCUGCCUUACGACUCCGUUGAUGGAACAUUGAUGUGCAUGUCGGUUUUUCCACAUGGCGAACCAAGGAAGGGUGGCGGGGUUGCGGAAGCUCUGUGGCCGAGCCUUCUAGAGAAAGGCUAUAUGAAGCUAAUGGGAGGAUAUGACUUUCCUGGAUCAAAUUCGAGUAUAGAUCUCCAGUGUGUAUCGAUUGGCAUCAUCAUUCUAACAUAUAAUUUACGGCCCCCUAGUUCACUUGCUGGUUGGAUACCGGAACAUAUAGAAAUUAAGAGAUCGGAUUUUGAAGGGGAAAAGUCCUGGGCACGGAUCGAAACUGGCUUCUCGAGUGGUCAGUGCGUCGUUACACUGGGUACCGGGACAAGCCAUAAUAUUCAGUGGCGGGACGUGAAUCUCUUGCCGUCACACAGUUAUGCUGUGAUUGACGUUCAGGAGACGAAAGGAGGCAGGGAAUUGACUGUCCUUGACUCUUGGGUGCGUUCUACUGGUGACAUUCAAGAACCAUCAAGGAUACUUAAGAUUCCUUGGAUUGACGUACUGAAUACAUUUGAUGGUAUAUACCUCAGUUGGGACCCUGCUCGAUGGCAAAAGUCGCUGGUGUUUCACGGAAUGUGGAAACGUAAUGGCUCAACAGAAGACGCCUCUCGCCAUGUUAGACUGGAUUUCAACACGACUAGCCUCGCAGAAGAAGAGAUUUGGGUUCUCCUUACACGACACGUAGUUCAAACCUCUCGCAACUUGGACUUUAUCGCUCUCAGAAUAGAGAUCGAAGACAAUAUUCUCCCGGCAGUUCUACCGAUGAAUCAAUUAAAUUCCCUUUCAACGGGAACGUACACGAACAGUACGCACAUCCUGAGACGGAUUCGUAUUCCAAGCUCACAACGCUCGGGCGCCUUAUCGAUACUGGGGUCUUACGACGGCGACGCAAGGGAGGUCGGUUUCUCGCUAUCCGCUUACUCGCAUUCGUCGAUAGACAUUUCAUGGGACGAGAACGUCCCCGAUCCUCCAUAUACGAAAAAAGUUGAUGGUAGAUGGACGAGCAAAAAUGCAGGGGGCAACUGCACCUUUCCUACCUUCAUGGUUAAUCCACAAUAUCAUCUCCGUAUUCAUCCUCCGAAAUCGCGUGUUGGAUCGAAUGCCUCGGGAAAGGCAAGGACCACACUGUCCCUCCAAGCAAGUAAGGAUGUCCCGAUAAACGUUGCGACUGUCUGGUCGCAGGGGCAGCGGAUUGUCGAAUUUUCCGAGAAAGACAUAGCUGCAAGUUCUGGCGCCUACAGCUAUGGUCUCGCGCGAAUCGCUAAGGACAUUGCCCCUGGAGAUUACACGGUCGUCGCAUCAGCUUUUGAGUCACAUCACAUGGGGCCUUUUUCUCUGAAAGUGGACUGCUCGUUUCCUUUCGACCUUCAAGAGAUUCCGCAAGAGGGUGCGGGGAUGUAUACUAAAGUUGUCCUUGGUGCCUGGGAGGAGCGUACGGCAGCCGGAGGACCGAGUUUUGACCGGUAUUCCAAUAAUCCGAGAUUCGAACUGGAGGUGCCGUCUUUGGCACAGGUCAAGAUCCGACUGCAACUUUUGCAACCCUCUACGGCAACUUCGCUGAACGUGACAAUUUACCCUGUUCCCUCUCCCUCUUCUUUUGUAGUAUGUAAUCUCACGAACUUACGGCACACGGCCACGUCAGGAGCGUACGACGACUGUAUCGCGGGGGUAGCGACGCCUCAAAUUGCGCUCGCGAAAGGCAAGUAUUGGAUUGUCCCGUCAACGUAUAAUCCGGGGAUGGAGGCCAGAUUUAAAAUUAUUGUGUAUUCUAGUGUGAAGGAGUUUGAGGUAAAGGGAUUGUUGAAUUGA